GGCAGUUGAAGGCUGUGCGCGGCCACUUCCUUCCGGACGUUCCUGCAAACCGCCGACUGGCUGAGCACGGCGCCGCCUCCCUUUUCGGCCCAGGAGGCGGCAACACUGAUCCGGAGGAGCCUUGGCCAUGGGACCCCUCACGCCUCAGCUGCUGAUGCAGCGGGGUCGCCCCAAGUCCGACAGGCUGGGCAAGAUCCGGAACCUGGACCUGUCCGGGCUGGAGCUACUCCCGGAGCAUUUGGACCCCAAGCUGCUGAGCCGCCUGACGCAUCUGCAGGAGCUGGACGUGUCCAACAAUCGACUGGACACUCUGCCCCCCGAGCUGGGCCUGGGUCAUCUCCGCAUCCUCGACUGCGCCCACAACCAACUGACCGAUGUCAACACCCUGGUCCAGUUCCCCAAGCUUGAGGAGCUGGUCCUGGAGGGAAACCCCUUCUUGACUAUCUGUGACAACCUGAAAGCCGCUUUUCUCCUGCCCAAACUCCGCAAGGUCAAUGGCAAGGACGCCACAUCAGCCACUGCUCAGGCUGAGAGCCUGAAUCGGGAGCUCUGCAGCAGGGUUACUGCUUACUGGGAGAAGUUCAUGGCCUCAAAGAGCCCAGAGGAGGCCACGGAGAAGGCCCAAGCUGAGUUUGUAAGCUCAGCUGUCCAGGAUGUCCGCUACGGGCCUGAGUCCCUGCGUGAGUUCACCCAGUGGCGGGUGCAGAAAAUCUCCGAAGAGCUGGUGGCCUCUGGGAAAAGCUAUGCACCGGACCCAGAAAGGCCCCUCAGGGCCUCGGAACCUAGGACCAGGCUGGCUGCCCUGAAACGACUGGACAACAGUGCACCCUGCUGUGGGCCCAGCAAGCGUGUAUGCACCUCCCUGCUGGGGAAGAUAGAAGUUAACCCCGGGGACUCUGAAAGCCAGCCUGACCUGGAGCUGGAACCCCUGCACUUCCUGCAGUGCCACAGCAAGAACAACAGCCCUCGGGACCUGGACACCCAGCUGUGGGCCUGCGCCUUUGAGCCAGCCUGGGAAGAGGGUGCCAUGUCCCAGACUGUGGCCACGUGUGGCGGGGAAGCUGUGUGUGUCAUAGACUGCCAGACGGGCAUCGUCCUGCACAAAUACAAGACACUUGGUGAGGAGUUCUUCUCUGUGGCCUGGACGUCUGUGAUGGUGGUCACCCAAUCCGGUCACAAGAAGCGCUGGAGCGUGCUGGCAGCCGCCGGCCUGCGGGGUAUGGUCCGCCUGCUGAAUGUGCGUGCUGGCUACUGCUGUGGCAUCAUUCGAGCCCAUAGGAAGGCCAUUGCCACCCUCUGCUUCAGCCCGACCCGAGAGACCCACCUCUUCACUGCCUCGUAUGACAAGCGAGUGAUCCUCUGGGAUAUUGGAGAGCUCAGCCAGGAUUAUGAGUUUUACUCCAGCACCCCACUGCUCACGCUGGAUGCCGCCUCCAUCCCCUUACGCCUCUGUCCUGUUGCCUCGUGUCCUGACACUUACCUGAUGGCCGGCUGUGAAGGCGGCUGCUGCUGCUGGGACAUACGGCUGGACCAGCCGGACAAGAAGCGGUCUUGUGAGGUGGAGUUUGUCUUUGAGGGCACCCAGCCGGGUGGCCAAAGAGUGGACGGGCUGGCAUUCGUGAACAAGGAUGUCGUAGGUGAGUGUGCCCUGCUGGAAGGAGCCAGGGUUCCUGGGGAAGCCUUCUGGGUCAGAACUGCCCAUUCUUCCCUCACAGCAUCCAAGGGGGGUGGCCUGGGCGCCAUCGUGUUGUGGAGCUGGAGCCAGACCUGGGCGGUCCGUGGCAGCCGAGACUUCGUGGCUGUGGUUGUCCUGGCUCGUCUACAGUGGUCGCCCACCGAUCUGGCCUACUUCUCACUCAGCGCCUGUCCCGACGAGGGCAUCGUGCUGUGUGGGGACGAGGAGGGCAGCGUGUGGAUCUAUGACGUCCGCCAUAUCCUGGCCCAGCCGCUGCCCCUAACAACAGCCCCACAGGCGCCCAUUCAGAUUCUCCGGUGGCCGAAGCCCUGUGCUUUGGACCAGGUGGUCACCAAGACCAUGGUGAACACAGUGGUGGCCGAUCCCGCCUUCAACUACCUCACAGCGCUCACCGACUCCAACAUCGUGGCCAUCUGGAGGCGGUCAUAGUGGAGGCACCUUCUGAUCAACUAUUUUUAUUAUUAAAACUCUUCUCUGUAA